AUGUCCCAAGGAGAAGCAGCAGGACGUGGCACUGCCAAGCCCCAGGACCAGGGAUGGGCAUGGAUGGUCCUGCUGGCCGCAGUGGUGCUGCAGGGGCUGACGCUGGGCUUCCCCCCCUGCAUUGGGAUCUUCUUCACGGACCUCCAGCACGAGUUCCAGGCCAGCAACAGCGAGACAUCGUGGUUCCCGUCCAUCAUGGUGGCCGUGCUGCACGGAGGGGGGCCCCUGUGCAGCAUCCUGGUGAAGCGGUUUGGCUGCAGGUUCGUGGUGAUGCUGGGAGGGCUGCUCAGCGGGCUGGGAAUGGUGUCCAGUUCCUUCUGCAAGUCCAUCAGCCAGCUGUACCUCACAGCUGGCCUCAUCACUGGUCUGGGAUCAUGUUUCAGCUUCCAGGCAGGAGUGACUGUGCUGGGCUAUUACUUUGUGCGGUGGCGAACGCUGGCCAAUGCCGUGGCCUCCACCGGGGUCUCCCUCGGCUUCACGCUGUGGCCGCUGCUGUCUCAAUACUUGCUGGAUGAGAUGGGCUGGAGAAACACCUUCCUCAUCUUUGGAGGAAUACUGCUGAACGGCUGUGUUUGUGGAGCCAUCAUGAGACCCAUUCAGCUGGCAUCAGGGUCACUUCCGCAGUCUGCCAAGCCCGAAGAGGAGCCAGGGAGCAGAGCAGAAGAGACACAGCUGUCCAAUGGAGCAUCUCCUCACCACCCCACACUCCAGCAGCACACCAAAAGGACAAAAUGCUUCCAGAUGCUGCAGAAGUACCUGGCUUUUGACAUCUUCUGUCAAAACAAAGGUUACCAGAUUUACACUAUUGGAGUAACCUGGAUGAUGAUGGGGUUUGCCUUACCCCAUGUCUACCUUGUGCCUUAUGCCAUCCACAACGGGGUGGAGGAGCGCAAGGCAGCCCUCCUCAUCUCCGUCAUCGGGCUCAUCAACAUCUUCAUCCGCCCUUUCACAGGGCUGCUCUCGGGACACAGAGUCUUCACGGGAAGGCGCAUCUACCUGUUCAGCCUGGCCGUGCUCCUCUGCGGGCUCAGCAACUUCAUCUGUGUCAUCUCAGCUGAGUUCAGCGUGCUCAUCCUCUACUGCGUCAUCCUCAGCAUAGCCAUGAGCGGCGUCGGGGCGCUCACCUUCCAGGUGCUGAUGGAUGUGGUGGAGAUGGACCGGUUCUCCAGUGCUCUAGGGCUCUUCACCAUCCUAGAGAGCACCACCCUCCUCAUCGGGGCCCCGCUCACAGGUUUCCUGGUAGACAUAACCAGUGAUUUCCACUACGUCUUCUACACCUCCAGCUUCUUCCUGAUAUCAGCUGCAUUAUUUAUGGGGCUCAGUUUCUGUGCUCUGGAAAAAAAAAACAAAUUGAGAGAGGCUUCCAAAGCACAUUUGGACAAUCCCUCCAGAUAUCAGUACAGUGAAAUGUCAACAGAACCAAAGGCUGUAAGUCAAUCCCCUCCAGCAGUUGAGUACAUCACGAGCAUAUGA